AAGCCUGUGGAUGUUCAAAGUUUUUCGCCCCCUCUCCCCAAUUUGAAAGAGAGAAGCUGCUAGGCUACUUUUAAUUGCUGAAGUGUUUUGCCUUCUUUUAAACACGUCGGGUCAUGUUGCUCUCUUUUCCCAGCUUGCUUCUCCAGUCCGUGCAGCUGCCAGGGCCCCAGGGCUGCAGGGUUGGGGUGCAGGGAUACCCUGGAGCUGAAGAGCAACAUCAAAAAAGUUUGAAUUUCAGCUUCCUUCCCUACCUGCGCAUUCCCAAACUUCAGUUGCCCUGGCGGCUGCCUGAACUCUCCCGGCACGUCUUCCUUCUCUUCCUGGCUCUCCCGCUCUUUGAUCUAUUUCUCUUUCUCUGGCUCCCUCCCCCCGCAGGACUUUUUAAAUGAACCUCAUUGUUGGGAACAGGCUCUCUACUUGGUUCCUGUAAUCCGCUCUGUGGGGUGGUUGCUGUUACAGAUUCCAGAUCCCCCGCAGCUGAUCCUAAGGGACCAACUUUAGAAAUCACACAAUGACACCCACAUGGGCUGGGAGCCAACUCCCAGGUCCCCUGCUCACACCCUUUCCAAAUCUUGGGUACAGUUUGGGCAGGUGAAUAGGGUCCCGUUGGAACAGAGACCUGCCUUUGGUGCCUCUGCCCCCCCCCCCCAAAUCCAUUAUUGACUGGGAGGAGGCUGGGGGGAUUUGGUGCUUUCCUUUUCCUUCCCACCUGCAGCUUUGCGUUAAAGAUUAAACACUGGCCCUCUUAUCCAAGCGUGCUCUUGCAGCCCGGAGACUAACUGCAAAGGCAUCUUCCCAGUGGAGGGGGUGGGGUGGGCGGUGACUGGUGGGAGAGAUCAUUGUAGAAGGCACCUCUUCUGGGAGCACGGGGCAAUGAGUUUUGUAUUCGGGAAUCACAUCCCCUCUCCCUGCCAACCCCCCCCCCCGCCCCCACCAAUCCGGGAUUUCUCUUCCUGCCCCUCCCUCUCCCCUCCCAUCAGCAAGGUAAAGCAAAGGCAGUCUGGAAAUCUGUUGCCAAAGGAAUGGAAUGCUUCUGAAGGAGGAAGUUGAGAGUCUCGGGCCAGGUUUGGGGGGAGGGCGGCAGCUAAUUAGGCAGGGACUGAUUAAAAGGAGACCUAGCUCCUAGUCUCCUGAGUGUGGGAAAGGAGAGUUUGUGAGUUGUGUGAGAUAUUUUCAACACAGGGAUCUAUUUGGGAGGUGAAGAAGUUGGAUUUCAUGGAUGAAAGUGGUAGCUUUGGGGACAGGAUAUGAGGGUGCAUUCCAGGGAUCGGCGUGGAGUAGGGUAACAAGAUGCUCAACUACAGUCCUCCCGGUGCCGGGGGCUGCCUGCUGGACAGGAAGGCGGUGGGCACCCCUGCCGGUGGGGGCUUCCCCCGAAGGCACUCGGUCACCCUGCCCAGCUCCAAGUUCCACCAGAACCAGCUCCUCAGCAGCCUCAAGGGCGAGCCAGCUCCAGCUCUGAGCUCUCGGGACAGCCGCUUCCGAGACCGCUCCUUCUCAGAAGGGGGCGAGCGGCUGCUGCCCACCCAGAAGCAGCCGGGGAGCGGCCAGGUCAACUCCAGCCGCUACAAGACGGAGCUGUGCCGUCCCUUCGAGGAGAACGGAGCCUGUAAGUACGGCGACAAGUGCCAGUUCGCGCACGGCAUCCACGAGCUCCGAAGCCUGACCCGCCACCCCAAGUACAAGACGGAGCUGUGCCGUACCUUCCACACCAUCGGCUUCUGCCCGUACGGGCCCCGCUGCCACUUCAUCCACAACGCUGAGGAGCGCCGUGCCCUGGCCGGGGCCCGGGACCUCUCUGCUGACCGCCCCCGCCUCCAGCAUAGCUUUAGCUUCGCUGGGUUUCCCAGUGCCGCUGCCACCGCCGCUGCCACGGGGCUGCUGGACAGCCCCACGUCCAUCACCCCGCCCCCCAUGCUGAGCGCCGAUGACCUCCUGGGCUCGCCCACCCUGCCCGAUGGCACCAAUAACCCCUUCGCCUUCUCCAGUCAGGAGCUGGCGAGCCUCUUUGCCCCUAGCAUGGGGCUGCCCGGGGGUGGCUCCCCAACCACCUUCCUCUUCCGGCCCAUGUCUGAGUCCCCUCACAUGUUCGACUCUCCCCCCAGCCCUCAGGAUUCUCUCUCGGACCAGGAGGGCUACCUGAGCAGCUCCAGCAGCAGCCACAGUGGCUCAGACUCCCCCACUUUGGACAACUCAAGGCGCCUGCCCAUUUUCAGCAGACUUUCCAUCUCAGAUGACUGAGCCAGGGUAGAGAGGGCCGCCCCCCACCUAUCCACCCCCGCCCCGACCCCGCACCCACAUCCCCUACCCUUCCCUCCCUACCCAUCGAUUCCUGACAAACCCCUACAUUAACAAGGUUAAGCUCAACCCCUUUCCCCCAGGACCUUGGGAUGCCCCCUCCCUCCCCCCUCUUUAAAUGCCCCUCCCCCCAACAUAAGGACAAGUCAAUUUGUCAAUAGCUUCUUCCGGCUAGAACCCCCCCACCUCAAUUUUAUAGCCCACUUACCGUGCAUAACAGACAAGUCCCAUAUUUGUCAGUAGGUGCGUGUUUUUUCCAGCUUAAGCCUUAAGUGCCAAAUCACAAAAGAAAAAGCAGUAACGGUUUACAGAAGCAACUUAGUGCCUUGUGAUCUAACUUUGUCACUGUGACUACAUUACCUCUUCAGCGCCAGAGGGCACCCGUGGGCCUCCCUGAGCCUCUGCCCAGGGGGAGGGGGAGGGGGAGGGGGGACUUAGAAGAACCAGCAGCUCCCUCCACUGGCAACACAACUGCACCUUUCCUGAUUCCAGUCUCCCACACACUUCCUUCUCCCCUCUCCCCAGUAACCCCCGCCCCCCGCCCCCGCCUUGGGAGAGUUGUUGCCAGACUUGGGUUUUUGGGGAAACCUAGCUUGACAUUCAAAACCUUUUUCUUCCCGACCUGAACCUCUGUUGACUAAUCUUGCCUGGGUUCGUGUAGGUCUGCAGGAAGGAAGACUGCAAAAGCGGAUGAAGAUUGUGACAUAAGUGGGACUUUGUGAUUUAAUUUUUUUUCUUUUGUUUUAAGUGGGGAGGAAGGGGAAGCUAGAUGGACUAUGAGAGACUUGAUUUUGGUGCUAAAGUUCCCCAGUUCGUAUGUGACAUCUUAAAAAAAAAACAACAAAAAAAUGAGAGAAAAGCUUAAAAACAUGUAAGGGGUGAGCAGUUAAUGGUAUUCAUUCCACAUACAAUAUCUGUGUAAAACGAUUUCCUGUAGAAGUAGCUUUAAUGGUUUUUGCUCUAGAAUACCGUAGGUCUAUCCUUAGAGCACUCACGCCAUGCUUUUUUCCCUGGGUUUUAAACUUCAUAUAACUUCAGAAAUUGGAGAGCAAAAAUUUUGCUUGUCACUGCACAUCAAUAUAAAAAAGCUUAUUUAACUUAUCAAAACGUAUUUAUUGCCAAACUAUGCUUUUUUUUGUUAAUUUUGUUCAUAUUUAUCGGGAUGACAAAUCCAUAGAAUAUAUUCUUUUAUGUUAAAUUAUGAUCUUCAUAUUAAUCUUAAAAUUUUGUGACGUGUCUUUUUCCUUUUUUUCCACAGUUUUAAUAUAUUAUUCUUCAACGACAUUUUUUGUAACUUUACACUUUUUUUGGUUAUUUUAUUUUAAAAAAAUGAAAAAUUAAUUUAAAAAAAUGCAAAAAACUGUUGGAUUAUUUAUUUUAGAAAUUUCCCCCCUUUGUGUUGGACUGCAAAUUGAGUUUCUUUCUCUUUUGGCCUUUCACAACUAGGACUGAGAAUGUAUGUAAAAGUUCUGUGACAGUACAGAAGGAAAACAACUUCUAAUGUAUAGCUUCUAAAAGGGAAAAAAAGAAAAGAAACCCUUUGACUUCACGUGCCCAUCUCUAGACAUUCCGGUUGCAGAUUUGACGUUCUGGAUUCCAGGUUUUGGAGUUUUCCAAUGUUAAUGCAAACAACUGGCGCACACACAUUAAGAUGAAUGUAAUUAUUAUUCCUCUUGCUGGUCACUACCGUCGCUUUCUGUUUCUCUUUCUUUGUGUGAAUUUAUUUAAAAGAAAAAAAAACUUUUUGUAACGACUAUUUGCAGUUUAAAAAUCAAUAAACCCAUUUUUUCAAGAAA